AUGUCCGCACCCAGCAGCCCUCCGUGGUCCACGAAGAUGGAGCUCAGCAGCCCCACGCCCGCCACACUUAGCACGAGACCUCAGGCAGACAUGGCCGCCAGCCCAGGCGGGGAUGUGCAGCCGGGUGUCAGCCCUGCUCCCCCACAGGGGUCAGCUCCCCACACAUCCCGUCAGGUUGGCGGCGAGCCAGCGGGGAACUGGAGCGGAGCUCUGGGCGAGCUGAAGGAAGCCUGCCAGCUGCUCCAGAAUCUGCGAGACUUCGCUCCAAGCUUCUCCUCGCCAGCCCAGGCCCCUGUCGUCAACCUGCUGGUUGAUCUGAGUGAGCAGACGCUGCAGGUCCCCUCUCAGAGCGGCGGCACUCCCGGCUCCCAGACUCCCGCCACUCUCUGCCACUUUCCACCCCUCAGCGUGAUGAAUGGCGUGGGAGAAAAGCAGCAGACACCCAAGCAGGACACUGAACAGCCCUCCCCUAGCCCAGCCCCAGGCCUCCCGCCUCCCCCAUGCGUGCAGGUGGAAGACAUGCUGGAGACGGCCUUGCUGGCCCUGGGGACAAUCCAGGACAAGUUCCUGUGGCAGAGCCCGGGCUCCACGUCCUCCGUGACGCUCACCUCCUCCCUUGCGUCCGUGCUCCUGAGCAGCAGCCUCAACACCAGCACGGGCCGCUUCACAGUCACCGUGAACAUCACCUCUGUGGAGAGAUCGCUGCUGGUGGCCAUCGAGCCUGCAAGUCCCCUCUUCCUCACCCUCUACCUGGGCUUCGAGCAGCCUCCCGACCACACCCACUUCCUCCUGAGCACCACCCUGCCCCAGAGCUCCGCGCGCCACAAAGAUGAGGACUACACGUGGGUGCUGACUCCCGAGAGCCUGCAGUACAGGACCGGCACCUACUACAUAACCGUCAUAUUGAAUGAGAAUACAGAGCCUGCCUGGCAGACGCCCAUCCUGGUCUCGGUGGUAACUGCGCUCACCCAGUGUUAUUUCUGGGACAAGAACAACAGGACUUGGAAGAGCAACGGAUGUCAAGUGGGGCUGCAGAGCUCGGUUGUGAAGACCCAGUGUCUCUGCGACCACCUGACCUUCUUCGGCAGCGACUUCUUCGUUGUGCCCAGGACAGUGAGGGUGGAAGACACAGCCGCGCUGUUCCGCCACGUGUCCAACAACCCUGUUGGGGUGUUGCUGCUGGCCAGCCUUUUGGGGCUCUACCUGCUCUUGGGGGUGUGGGCUUGGAGGAAAGAUCAGCAGGAUCUGCAGAAGCUACCUGGUGGAGAUCCACACGGGGCACCGCCGGAGGGCGGCCUGCUCCGCUCAGGUAACGUCUCCCUGCAGACAGCCUCUGCCCGCCCAGCGGGGGGGAGCCGCAGGGCCACCAGGGCAGAAGUGGGGGACAUCUCCUGUCUCAUCGUUGAGGUGGUGGUCACCCUGUACGGAUCGAAGAGGCAGAGCGAGCCCCGUCACCUUUGGGACCCCCAGAAGAAAGCCUUUGGCCGAGGGGCGCUAGAUGUCUUCCUGCUGGGCACCCGGGACCCCCUGGGGGACCUGCACGCCCUCCGGCUGUGGCUCCAUCACUCUGGGGGGAGGCCUUCUUGGUACAUCAGCCAAGUGAUUGUCAGUGACAUGGCUAGUAAGAAGAAGUGGCAUUUCCUGUGCAAUUGCUGGCUGGCCACGGACCUAGGCGACUUCCAGUGUGACCGGGUUUUCAUGCCAGCCUCAAGGGCAGAGCUCUUUUCUUUUAGACACCUGUUCUCCUCCACGCUUGUGGAGCGGUUCACUCAGGACCACCCGUGGCUCUCCGUGGCAACCCGGCAUCCCUGGAACCCGUUCACCAGACUGCAGCGGCUCACGUGCUGCACGACGCUGCUCCUCUGCGACAUGGUGAUCAACAUCAUGUUCUGGAGGCUGGAAGGCCCGGCCGCCACGAGGGACGCGCACAGUACGGCCGUGCCCGCCUGGGUGUGGGCUGUAGCGUGGGACGCGUCCACCUUCGCUUCAAGGCUAGAAAUAGAGCUGUAG